AUGGGCAGUCAUUUCAGACGUUUCUUCAAUCGUCUUCGACGGAAAACCAUUCUGAAAGAUCCCCGUGGAAAUCUCAUUUGCCUCCCCCCUGAGAUCAUCCUAGAGAUCGCCGAGCACCUCUCCGAUAUCUCGUUGAUCUCACUCAGCCUCACCUGUCAGCCCUACCACAUUCUUCUUUCAAGCUUCACCCGCAAUGUCAAACUCGAAGCAGCAGAUUUGGAAGACUUCCUGCAGAUACUGGAAAAGGAUUGCGCCAGCUCGUACUUUUGUCAUAUCUGUACCAAGCUUCACCAACGCGACCAACGAGGGUACAUUGACCCUUGCAAGUGCUAUAAAUGGCGUUGUAGAAAGAACUGUGUGUACCACUUCCACUUUUAUCUGUGGACCGGCUCUGGCUUGAUGAUAACAUAUCCCGAGGCGCGACUUAUCAUGAAUCGCCAUUUCAACGGCCCUGCCCACGGACUCUCCCUCGAUACGCUCAACCGCCACGGAGAUAUCUUUCCAUACAAGGGUGGCACAGAACAAUGGACAUCCAUUGCUCGCAUAAUUCAAGAUGAACUAUUCCUCCAAAGAACUCUGGUGAUAUGGUUUCCCGAAUACCUAGGAGUGCAGGAACUCCUUGACCACCUUUACCUUCCUAUAUGCCUUCAUGUUAGCAACAAUAUUCAACGCCACGACGACUGGUAUGCACGCAUCGGUCUUUAUACCUUACCAGAACUGGUAGAACUAUCAAGGGGUUUCAAGUCCUGUGAUAACUCACUAGGGUCGUGCCCCAUCUGCUUUACUGAUUACUCCAUAACUAUACGCUGGGGGAGUCACCAGAGGCAAGGCUGGCACAUAGAGGUCGCGAGUUACCAACAGCUUGGUUCUUGUCGAUCGCCUUACGAUUGGAAGUGGAGACUUGCCGCAGAACGGAGUACUUGGAAUGAACCAAGAUGCCGAACCCAGAAGCCGGGGCUCGUACGGCAGCGCUGGAUGUGUCCAGAUGGCCUCGUACAACCAGAGGGAAAUUAUGUUGGCAAGGCUCGCCGACAGCCCGGUAGUCUACUCGGCUCGAGGCGCUGUCCAUGGGGAGCCGGGUGCUAUGGACCAGAGUGUGAGGAGCACUACAACGCAGAAGAGAACCGCCCGACGCGUGUUGACCUUUUAGGACGUAAUCUUACCUGGUGGUACCCGACUGAAGGUUAG